UACUUUCUCUUCCUUUCUUCACUUCCUUCUUUCUAUUAUUUCUUAUUAUUUUCUGAUAUUUAUUUCUCUAUGUCUAUGGCGGAAGAAGAACCUUCCAUAACAUCGCCACCGGCAAGAACGUUACACAAGUUCCUCUCCCGCAACGGCAAGACCGUCAUCGCCGCGCAACCUCUGGCGGUGGUUCGCGCCACCACCAGCACCGGCGGCGCGCGCGUUCUCGCCGCGCCGCCGAACUCGAACGAUGAUCCAACACCACCGCAGGAAGAAGAAGGAGAAGGCGAAACCGGCUUCGAUGCUUCUCAUCAUCAUGAACGGAUAUUGUUGCAGAGAGAGCUAACGGUUUCGUUCGACGAGUUUCUCGAGGUCACCAACACGAAGGUCGCCACCGAAGAGGAGGCUCUGAAAUCAGUGAUGGCGCCGUUGGAAGAAGAAACUGAAGAAGGAGAGGAAGCCGAAUCGUCACAGGCUCAAUCAGCGCAACCGGUUCAACCGGUGCCGAGGGGACCGCAACUGUUUCGACCGGUGCAGAAGAAGAAAGCGGUUACCGGUGAUGACGUGGAGGUGGUGGAGGUGCGGAAGCCUGUGGAAAAGAAGAACAUUCCGAAUAUUUCGAAUCUCGAGGACGGUGAGUUUCCGGAGGAGUCUGGGUGGUUCCUUCUCGGGAGGAAGGUUGAGGUCGCAGUUUCGACGGCCAGGGGAGUGAACAGGUUGGUGGAUAAUGAAAUCGUUCAUUUCAAUUUUCCUAUUCCGAGUUACUCGAGUAAGUCUCAGUGGAUCGUUCGAGCGUCAACCAAGCGUUCUGGAGAGGUUGGGAGGAUGCCAAUGGAAUGGGCAAAGGCUGUGAUUCCGGUUAUGCAAUCUGGAAGGGUUAAGGUUCGAGGCCGGUGCAUUGCUGUGCCAGAUAAACUACAAAUGAUGCAAGAGAUUAUGUUUUUAGUGAGCUUUUAUGUUCACCACUCUGUAUUUGCUGAGCGUGUUGAUACUUCUUGGAGGCUGGAGGCUUGUGGUAAAAUUGAUGAUACUGUUUAUCCACUUCUUGCCCUAUUAAAAAUGCUAGAGAUCAAGCCAAGUCAAAAGGCUGUAUUCACUCCUGAGGAUAUAGAUUCCCGGAAGCGGUUGCUCUAUCCAAAGGCUGAUCCAGAUGAAGCUGCAGCAUUGCCUUUGAUCAAGCGAAGAAAGGGCGGUGAGCCCCUUCCUGAGCAAAAUAAUGAUGAACAAGCUCUUUCAGAGUCAGCUUUGAAUAAACUUGUUGGAGCGGCAGAAAUCUAUGACCUCAAGGAGAAGGAAGCCCCAGAGACACUUGUGUGUAAUUUAAAGCCUUACCAGAAGCAGGCUUUACACUGGAUGACUGAAAUAGAGAAAGGGAUGGAUAUUGAGAGUGUAGAAAGAAAUCUGCAUCCCUGCUGGUCAGCCUACACUAUAUGCAAGGGAAGGACAAUUUAUUUGAAUAUUUUUACUGGAGAGGCCUCUAAAAAAUUUCCAAAAGCAACGCAGAUGGCAAGAGGAGGAAUUCUAGCGGAUGCAAUGGGACUUGGAAAGACUGUUAUGACAAUUGCUUUGAUACUCAGUAACCCAGGCAGGGGUAACUCAGAAAACAAUGAUGUGGAGAAUGGAGAUGAUAAUUUUAUCACAAAUAAAAGAAAGAAUGCUAAUACCUUACAUAAAUUUGAGGGUGGCACUCUUAUUGUUUGUCCCAUGGCUUUGUUAAGUCAAUGGAAGGAUGAGCUUGAAACACAUUCAAAGGAAGGUAGUAUAUCCAUAUUUGUUCAUUAUGGUGGAGCAAGAACCACUGAUCCCUGGAUGAUCUCAGGCCAUGAUGUUGUCUUGACAACGUAUGGUGUCCUACAAGCUGCAUACAAAAAUGAUGGAGAGAAUAGCAUCUACAACAAGGUCAAGUGGUACAGGGUGGUGCUAGAUGAAGCUCAUAAUAUAAAAGCCCAUCGGAAUCAGACUGCCCAGUCUGCUUUUGUUCUGUCCUCACACAGCCGCUGGUGUUUAACUGGAACCCCACUUCAGAAUAGCUUGGAAGACCUAUACAGUCUCUUGCGUUUCUUGCGUGUUGAACCUUGGUGUAACUUGGCAUGGUGGCAGAAGUUGAUUCAAAGGCCUUAUGAGAAUGGUGAUCCAAGAUCCCUGAAGUUGGUCAAGGCCAUUUUGAGGAUGCUGAUGUUAAGAAGAACAAAGGAAACGAAGGAUAAGAAAGGAAGGCCGAUACUUUUCCUGCCUCCAAUUGAUUUUCAGUUGAUUGAGUGUGAACAAUCAGAAUCUGAACGGGACUUUUAUGAAGCCCUGUUUGAGAGAUCUAAAGUUCAAUUUGAUCAGUAUGUCGCACAAGGAAAGGUUCUUCACCAUUAUGCAAAUAUCCUUGACCUACUAAUGCAGUUGAGGCGGUGUUGUAACCAUCCAUUUUUAGUUAUGUGCGGAAGCGAUACCCAGAAACGUGCAGAUUUAAGCAGACUCGCAAGAAAAUUCUUUCAGACUAAUACUGAAUUCCCCGAUGAAAGCAAUCAAAAUGAUCCACGGCAGCAAGCAGAGUUGAACAAACUUGCAAGUAGAUUACUUCUAAAAUCUGCUUCUUCUUUGCACUCGGUUCAACCUCAUGCAUACAUUGCCGAGGUUUUGGAGAAUAUUCAAAAGGGUGACAUCAUAGAAUGCUCUAUAUGUAUGGAAUCUCCAGAAGAUCCUGUGUUUACACCAUGUGCGCAUAAGUUUUGUAGAGAAUGUCUAUUUAGUUGCUGGGGCACCUCAGUGGGUGGCAAAUGUCCAAUCUGUCGUCAAUUGCUCCAGAAAGACGAUCUGAUUACUUAUUCAUCUGAAAGCCCAUUCAAGGUCGAUAUUAAGAACAAUGUGACAGAGUCUUCAAAGGUUUCGAAGCUAUUUGAAUUCCUGCAACGUAUUCUGAACACAUCAAGUGAAAAGAGUAUCGUCUUCAGUCAGUGGACAUCAUUUUUUGAUCUGUUGGAGAAUCCAUUGAGGAGGAGAGGAAUUGGUUUUUUGAGAUAUGAUGGGAAGUUGACUCAGAAGCAGAGGGAGAAAGUUCUGGAUGAAUUCAAUGAGACAAGAGAGAAAAGGGUUUUGUUAAUGUCACUAAAAGCUGGUGGUGUGGGUUUGAACUUAACUGCAGCCUCAAAUGUUUUCAUUAUGGAUCCAUGGUGGAACCCUGCAGUUGAGGAGCAAGCAAUAAUGAGAAUUCAUCGCAUAGGACAAAACCGAAGAGUUGUAGUGAGAAGAUUCAUCGUUAAGGACACAGUGGAAGAUCGAUUGCAACAAGUUCAAGCUAGGAAACAAAGGAUGAUAUCUGGUACCCUCACCGACGAUGAGGUUCGGACUGCUAGGAUUCAAGACCUCAAAAUGCUUUUCACAUGAGAUAUGAGAUAAUUUAUUUAUUUAGAAGCUGAUUUAUUUCUCUAGAUUCUUAGACCUGGGAAGCCAAUUUUGUAUAGGUUGUCGGAUCCUUUCUACAAGCUAAAGGCUUCCUUUUCUUUUGUGUACAUACAUGAAAUGAUGAUAUGAUCAUUCUGAACUCUAAAAGGAAGCCCACUGUUUUGUAAAUCAUGAGGCUUUAGUGGUUAUGGUAAAAGGGUUAAUUUCA